AUGUCCGAAAUCCCGGCCGGCCGACCUGUGAAGUUCACAAUCACUCACCAUCGCCAACAACAACACUCUCACGAGGCAUUCAUUAACUGGAUCGUCGAGGAGCACCUACCUCUCGCUAUACCCGUCUUUGAAAAGUAUGGAGUCAUCAAUUACUCUCUUUUCGUUACGCCGCCGUCUUUGAAUGAUGCACUAAAACAAGAUAUUGGAGGGUUUCGGCCUACUUGGGACUUCGCUUCGUGCGACUGCUUUAUCGAAUACACACUCCCUAAUCUGGAGGUCAUCAAGGAGAUAAUGUCGGAUCCAGAUUGGCAUGUAGCUUUGAAGGACCAGGAUAAGUGGGUCAAUGUCCCGAAGGCCCUGGUUUCGGUGGGUUACUCUACUGGGAAUCUACUGGAUAAGAAAUAG